CCCACUGUCACCUUUUACUCUGUAUACACACCAGUCCUAAGAGUGUCCUCUCCCUCUCCCUCUCCCUCAUGGAUGCGCCCAUUUUUGGACCAAACAAUCCAUCCACCACACCAGCUUCUGCAACUUCCUCUCUGAGCCCAAAAGCAGUCUAGCUAGAAUCCCCUCAAAUGCUUUUCCCCCCAGCAGCAGCAGCAGCAGCAGCAGCAGCAGCGUGAAGCAGAAGAGGCAGAAGCAGCAGCUCCCAGAAAAGCCCUAAUAAAGAAGAAGAAGAAGAAGAAGAAGAAGAAGGAAGGAAGGAUGGACUUGGUGCCGGCGCCGCCGCGGUCGGCCGACAGCCCUGGGGGGGAAGAAGGAGGCGGCCGCAGCAGCGGCGAGACGGAGGUGGAGGUGGCGAUGGCGAUGGCGAUCGGCGGGGGGGCAGGGAGAGCGGGAGCGUCGGCGGCGGCGCCGAGCAGGUACGAGACGCAGAAGCGGCGGGACUGGAACACGUUCGGGCAGUACCUGAGGAACCACCGGCCGCCGCUGAGCCUGGGGCGGUGCAGCGGGGCGCACGUGCUGGAGUUCCUGCGGUACCUGGACCAGUUCGGGAAGACGAAGGUGCACGCGCAGCCCUGCCCCUUCUUCGGCCAGCCGGCGCCCCCCGCGCCCUGCCCCUGCCCGCUGCGCCAGGCCUGGGGCAGCCUCGACGCCCUCGUCGGCCGCCUCCGCGCCGCCUUCGAGGAGCACGGCGGCCGCCCCGACGCCAACCCCUUCGCCGCCCGCGCCGUCCGCCUCUUCCUCCACGACGUCCGCGACCACCAGGCCCGCGCCCGCGGCAUCACCUACAACAAGAAGAAGAAGAAGAAUAAGAAUAAUAACAAUAACAAUAAUAAUCAGAACAACCACAACCACAACCACAUCCACGACCACAUCCCCACCGCCACGCAGCCGCAGCCGCAGCACCAACAACAACGACAACAACAACAACAACAACAACGACAACACCUGCAGCAGCAGCAUCAGUCUCAACCUCCUCCGCCGCCCUCAUAAAGUGCGCUAGCUAGAGAAUUCAGUAUCAACGCUAUAAUUCAUGGGUAGUGCAAGUUUUACAUCUAUAUACCUUUAUGUUAAUUAAUUACUACUUUAAUUAAUUAAUUAUGCUGUUCUUGAA